AUGAAGUCCAGUCGCGCCUCUCUCUUCUCCAUACUCCAACCCGUCUUCUCGCUCCGGCGACCCGCCUUCUGCUCGGCUGCGGCCGCGCCACCGAAGCCCCAGACUCCCCUCCACCUCCGCCCCCCUGCCUUCCGCGCCACUCUCUCGGACCUCAAUCGAUGGCACGCGUGGGCCAAAACCCAGGCCUCCUCCGUGGGCUCCACUUUCUCCGCCCUCGACGGCGGCCCAGACUCCUCCCUCCUCCUCCGCGAGCUCAAUUGGCUGGUCGAGGACGCCUUCGAGCACCCCGCCCUACUCUCGACGGAAAGCAAUGCCUCGGCGGAGGUGGCAAUUAAGGCGCGAUUGGAGGAAAUGUACGAGCUGUGGAGGCAGAGGAUCGAGGAGAGGCGGCCGUUUCAGUACGUGGUUGGGUGCGAGUACUGGCGCGAUCUCAUCCUCAGCGUCGAGGAAGGCGUUCUCAUCCCCCGCCCCGAGACUGAGACCAUCGUCGAUCUCGUAGCCCGCGCCGGAAGGCCGAUUCCGAAUUGA